GAGGGCGCUCUAGGCCGAGGAAGGGGGGGGGGAGCUCGGUGUUCUCUAUGGUUUCUACACAGAGCCGCUGAGCGAUGGCGUCAUAAGCGCGGGCCUUGAGCGCCGGGCCUGCAAGAGGGACGAUGUCGCCGCCGCUCUUCAGCCUUCCCGAGGCGCGGCUCCGCUUCACGAAUUCUACUCGUGAUGCUUUGACCAAUAAAACUAUCAAACCCUUAUUGAAUGCAUUCAACCAGAUUCCUGGAAGUGAAAAUGAAAAGAAAUGCACCCUGGAUCAAUCGUUCAGAGUUGUUCUAGAAGAGGAAAUUAUAAAUCAAGCUUCAUGUGAAAAUGUCUUGGCUAUUAUUUCUCUUGCUAUUAAUGGAGUUACAGAUGGUAUCUGCACAGCAUCAACCCCUUUUGUGCUUCUGGGAGAUGUUCUGGAUUGCCUGCCUUUGGAUCAGUGUGACAAAAUUUUUACCUUUGUUGAAAAAAAUGUCACUACAUGGAAAUCAAAUACAUUUUAUUCGGCUGGGAAGAAUUACUUGCUGAGAAUGUGCAAUGAUCUCCUAAGAAGAUUAUCUAAAUCACAGAACACAGUCUUCUGUGGAAGAAUUCAGCUAUUCCUGGCUAGAUUAUUUCCUCUUUCAGAGAAGUCAGGACUUAAUUUGCAAAGUCAGUUUAAUCUGGAAAAUGUCACAGUUUUCAAUACUAAUGAACAAGAGAGCACUCUGGGACAGAAGCACAUAGAGGAGAGAGAUGAAGGAAUGGAAGUAGAAGAAGGUGAAAUGGGAGAUGAUGAAGCUCCUACAAGUUGCUCCAUUCCAAUAGAUUACAACCUGUAUAGAAAAUUCUGGUCGCUUCAGGAUUACUUUAGGAAUCCUGUGCAGUGCUAUGAGAAGAUCUCGUGGAAGACAUUUCUUAAGUACUCGGAAGAAGUUUUGGCUGUUUUUAAAAGUUACAAAUUGGAUGACACGCAGGCCUCCAGAAAAAAGUUGGAAGAGCUAAAAACAGGGGGAGAACAUGUCUACUUUGCAAAGUUCUUAACUAGUGAAAAGCUAAUGGAUUUACAGCUGAGUGACAGUAACUUCCGCCGUCACAUCUUGCUGCAGUAUCUAAUACUAUUUCAGUAUCUAAAGGGACAGGUCAAAUUUAAAAGUUCAAACUACGUUCUAACUGAUGAACAGUCCCUCUGGAUUGAAGAUACUACAAAAUUGGUUUACCAGCUUCUUUCAGAAAACCCCCCAGAUGGGGAAAGAUUCUCAAAAAUGGUAGAGCAUAUAUUAAACACUGAAGAAAACUGGAACACCUGGAAAAAUGAAGGCUGCCCAAGUUUUGUGAAAGAAAGACCAUCAGAUUCCAAGCCAACAAGACUUGUGAGAAAGAGGCCAGCUCCAGAGGAUUUCCUAGGGAAAGGACCAAACAAAAAAAUUCUCAUGGGGAAUGAGGAGCUAACUCGGCUUUGGAAUUUAUGUCCGGACAACAUGGAAGCUUGUAAAUCUGAGACUAGGGAAUAUAUGCCGACACUGGAGGAGUUCUUUGAAGAGGCUAUUGAGCAGGCAGAUCCUGAAAACAUGGUUGAAAAUGAAUAUAAGGCUGUGAACAAUUCUAAUUAUGGCUGGAGAGCAUUAAGAUUACUAGCACGCAGAAGUCCCCACUUCUUCCAGCCAACCAAUCAACAAUUUAAGAGUUUACCAGAAUACUUAGAAAACAUGGUAAUCAAAUUAGCCAAGGAGUUGCCUCCUCCUUCUGAAGAAAUAAAAACAGGAGAGGAUGAAGAUGAGGAAGAUAAUGAUGCUUUAUUAAAGGAAAACAAUGAAAGUCCAGAUGUACAACGAGACAAACCCGUGACAGGGGGACAAAUUGAAUCAUUUGCUAACAAGCUUGGAGAACAAUGGAAGACUCUGGCCCCCUACUUGGAAAUGAAGGACUCUGAUAUAAGACAGAUUGAGUCCGAUAGUGAGGAUGUGAAGAUGAGAGCUAAGCAGCUGCUGGUUGCCUGGCAGGAUCAAGAGGGGAUACAUGCAACACCUGAGAAUCUGAUUACUGCAAUGAACAAAGCUGGAUUAAGUGACCUUGCAGAAAGCCUAACUAACGACACUGAAAACAGUAGUUAAUUUAUUUCAGAUUGUAACUUUUUUUAUUAAAACGAUUAUUGUUGCUAGGUAACAGAUCUGACAUUUUGAUAGGGCAGCUUUAUGUUUAGUAAACAAAUAAAACCUUUCUAUAACAUUUAGUUUUCUAGAGUUCCCGAGAAGGAUUAGUAACAGUGAUCCAGAAAUAGCAACCCAGGCAUCAUCCUUAAAUUAUGAAAAUGUAAAAGGGGAGAGCCACGGUUCAGUGGAGUUUUCUGUGACACACACUGUAAUAGUUUAACGGCUUGCUGUUUUAGAGCCAGGGCCAUGUUUUGCUGACAAGGGUGUCGAAGGCCUGUGUGUAAAGCGCACUAUCUUUGUACUUGCUUACAUGUAACUCGGGUUAAAUAUGGGUAAGAUGACAUGACUCCUAAUUAGUUAUUUGGUUGCACGUGCAAAUGUUGGGGUGGAAUUGUAUGCAGGCCUCUGGCUUCCCUUCCUGGAAACUUGACUGUCAAUGUUGACUCAAGUCAAGUUGGCGGGGUGGGAGGUGGGGAAGUGUUGCUAAUAAUCCAGUGAGUAGUCUCCCUGCUGAGGGAAGUUGGUUUAGCUGGUGUCAGCAGUAAAGCAGUGUCCUGAGAACUGUUCUGUUCUGUUUUCCAAUGCUGUUUGGAUUAGGCAUAUAUUUGAGUUAUUGACUCUAAUCCAGUAAAAAAUCCCAAGUGACUUUUUUUUUAAAUUAUUUAUUUUUAGGAAUAGGGUUGUUAGGUCACCUGACUACCUAAAAUUCACUUAUGAUGUAACAUGGAUGAGGCAUUAGUCUAUCCUGGUCUGUUGUAGAGUGUUGCUGAGUGCUAGUUUAAGCUUCCUUCUUCAAAUUUAGGGAUGGCUGCAGCCUUUCGGUAUAUAGUUUAUUUUAAAA